GUGUGUGUGAGGUGAACCACAGGGACUAUGCAGGCUACUGUGCCCUCCACGAGGCCUGCGCCCGCGGCUGGAUCUCUAUAGUCAUACACCUGCUGGAGCACGGGGCCGACAUCAACUGCAGUGCACAGGACGGCACUAGGCCUCUGCAUGACGCGGUGGAGAAUGACCAUCUGGACGUAGUGCGUGUGUUGCUGUCCUACGGGGCUGACCCUACUCUAGCCACCUACUCCGGCCGCGGUCUGCUCAAGAUGACCCACAGCGACAGCAUGGAGCGAUUCCUCACUGAGUCGUUAGAGGAGGGCAGUGUGUGUGACAUACUGGCGGACCCCCCAGGGCCGGAGGACAAGGACAGGAGGGAGCUCUUUGAGUUUGAGUUCUCCGACCGACCCCUCCUCCCCUGCUACAACAUCCAGGUGUCCCUGUCGCAGGGGCCCAGGAACUGGCUUCUCCUCUCAGAUGUUCUCCGGCGGCUGCGAAUGUCUGCCCGGUCCUUCCGCUCCUCCUUCCCCCACAUGGAGGUGGUGACGAUGGCCGAGGCAGAGUUUUACCGCCAGGCAUCUCUCUCCCAGCUCUUUUCCUGCCCAGACGAGCUGGAGGGCUUCCAGCCUGACAGCAAGGAGCUGCUGGACCUGGUGGAGGGGAGUGCUGAACUGGCCGCUCUGCUGGGUUCUAAUCUGGAGUGCCUCGACGACCGCUGGGACGAACCCCCGGAGGCUAACGCUAAUGUUGACGAAAAGGCUAAUGUCAAUGGGAACAUUAGGGCUAUGGCUAAUGCUAACAGUAACGUUAACGCUAAGGUCAAUGGGAACAUUAGGGCUAUGGCUAAAGGUAACAUUAGCGCUAAGACUAAUGGUAGCACUCAUGUUAAAGCUAAGGCUAACGCUAACAGAAGGUCGUGACCUGAACUUUGACCUUGAAUUCUGAAUCCCUGCUCUACAGUGGGGGGUUAAAAUGGGUGAAUGAAUAGGACCACCGCCCUGAGAUCUGAGAUUGAACCCCUGCUCUGUACCUGUGUGCUGGACACAGUACAGACAGAGCAGCAGAGACUGAAUAUGUAUGUCCAUCAAGUGAAGAUGGAGAGACGACUGUAACUUAACAAUGGUCUUAUUUUUUAUAAAUGUAUUAAUAUAUGUAUAAAUAUAUAAAUAUAUCUGGAAAUGUUUUCUCAAUUUCUAUCCUUCAAAGUGUGGUGUUGUCAUGAAUGAAAGGUUGUGUACAGAGGCGUCAUGCCCAUGUCACAGAGGCACGUUCCCUCUCAGAUUUGUCCUGUUAUGAAAAAAUAAAUCCAAAUUGCAAUAUAUUUUUUUUGUAUUAUUAUAUAUAUAUUUUGUAAUACUAGCCACUUGGCUGUUUUAUGAAGUUGGCUUUAGCUAGCGCAAAUAGGUUCCCAAUCUACCAACCUCAUUACUCACUAACAAGAAGCCAUACCUAGCUUGUCUAACUAUUUUAUCUAGCAUGCCUGCUGGCACCGUUGGUAGACUUUAGAAAAGCAAACAAUAACUAAAUGUACUGAAUAAGACUCACAUUCCUUUCAAUCUUUUAACAAGAUUUAAUCAGAGAUGCAGAGAAGCAUAUUUAGUUUCUUUUUAAAAAAGAACCGCCAGUCAGGAGGAUAUGCCGAAAGAAAAUAUACUUUUUUUUAGUUUUUACAUAGAAUUAAGCAUAAUGAUUAUGGCUCCAGAUUAAAUUUUUUAAAAGCUGUUUCAGGUGUUUGAAAAAUGCUACAUUCUCCAACUUCAGGAUAGGGGGUCCUAGCCCACCUCCAAACCAACCCACAACCAAUCCUCACUCACUUUGUGCCCCCUCACAUUUUUUGGGUGCAUGACGCCCCUGUUUGUGUGUGUACAGUAUGUGUGUUAAACAGUACAUUAUGUGUGUGUGUCAGUUUAUACGGCAGUGUGUGUACAGUCUGAGCACUGAGGCUGCGCUUUUGAAUGUGACAUUUUGUGUUGAUAGGAAGCAAACGUUGACGAUCUCUUCUAAUAGUUUUCUGGUCUGCUCAGACAGACUUAGCGCCCUCUUCACCCUCAGGGGCUGUUUUGAACCUGUGUUCAAUCUGCUUCUCAUUUAGUCUCUAAGUUCACUUGCUAAACUGCAGAGAGAUGUGUUUUUUGUAUAAUAGGAACGUUUUAAAGAUGAUGAGAAGAUAUUCGCCCUUCAGCACAGAGCUUGUACAUAACAGGGUGGCUAUUGCAGUACAGUAUCAGUUUUACUGUUUGAUGGGUCUUUUUUUUGUUUUAACUUUGCAAUUAAAAUAUCUCAUUUGUAUUUAUAUUUUACAAAGAAAAUGCUUUAAAAUAAAUCUUAAAAACUGCAAGAUAAAGUUAUUCUGAGUGUUUUGCUUCUCAUUAUGUGAUUAUUAUUGAAGGGCUUACAUGGACCCAUCUAAGCGUUGGACAUAAGGCAUAUAUGUCCCUGGCUUUUCUAGACCCAAUCUGUCUAGUCUUGACCUACAAAGACCUCCAGACAGUUGGUGCAAAAGUUGUGCUGCUUCAAUAUUUCACCUGCACACAUACUUGCAUACUUGUUUGAUGUAGCUAGACCGUUCUGAGCCCCAUCCUGAAUGCUCAAGGAUAAGGGAGUGGAGGGGAGAUGCAGUAGCCUACUCAGGAACAAGACAAGACUCCCUCAAGCCAAAUGAAGCCAACAGCCUGGAUAAACACACAGCUUUAAUAGAUACUGUUUUGUGGAGGUGACAAGUUUGCAAAGAAAGUAAAUGAUUGAACAUCAAAUGGGAUAAAGCUGACCAUAAAAUUAAAUAAAAAUGACU